GAGGUAGGAGAGGUGAGAGAGGACGCUGACCCACACAAAUAUUCUGUCUAUACAGAGAGAAACAAGCAAGAAUUAGAUGUGAGUUGAUUUGCACCAUCCUAGCUCUCCCAUUAUAACCGUCUUGACGACGCGGGCUUUCCCGCAAGAUGGAGAGGCGGCCUGAUCCUCAGAAUGAUUCUCUCCAUACAGAAGGAGACCAGUUGGAAUUAGUAAUACGGAUAAUCCUGCCAACCACGAUAUUCCUCCCAUUGUGAUCUUGUAUGACACGACAGGUUUUAUCUUCAGGCGAGAUAGGAACAGAGCAAGAACAACCUAAUCCAGAGAGCUAUUCCCUCUCAACAGAAGAAAACGUGUUGGGAUCACAAGUUCUCCGGCAGAGCGAGGUAGGGGGAGCAGUCGUCCAGAGUGGAGAGUCAACAAAGGAGCGAGAAGACGCUGACUCACACAGUGAUACCGUCCAUCCAGACAGACGCGAAUCAGCAUCGGUGGUUUCGCCCCCAGAUGAAGCGGAGACGAGCCGAAAAGACCCUGGUGAGCAGAGCGAUAACCUGCAAAUAGAGAGAAGCGACUCGGGAUCGUAUAUACGUGCAAUUUUCCGACAGGGAGAGAUCGGAGAGGAACGAGAGGACGCUGACUCGCACAGGGAUUCUGUUCAUGCAGAAAGGAACGGGCAAGAAUCAGAUUCUUUCCGGCAUGAAGGAGAGACCGAGCAAGAAGACGCUGAGCAUCAGAAUUCUCCCCAUGCGGAAGGAGACGAAUUGAUAUCGGUUUCGUCUCCCAUCAAGGUAGGGGCAGAGAGAGAAGAACCUGCUCCGGACUGUUAUCCCCCCCAAACAGAAGAAAAUGUGUUUGGAUCGCAAGUUUUCCAGAAGGGCGAGGCAGGGGACGAGCGAGAAGACGCUAAAGCGUACAUCCCCCAGAUAGCAAGCAACGAGUCGGAAUUAGAAGUUUUCCGGUCAGAAGACGUAGUGCGGGGACGAGAAGACACUGUUCCGCAGAGUCAUACUUUCCAUAUGGAAAGCGGAGAGUCAGAACUGAAUACAUGUGUGAUUCACGCCUGCACAGAUCCCCCUUCUGUGGCAUCAGCUUCCGUAUCAGAAUCUUCCGUUCGGAAGCUUGACAUUAAAGGCCCUUUACCAGUAUUUCCGGGCACAAACCUUGAACCCCGCAAGACUGGUCUAUUUUCAAAGUUAUCAAAACUUUUUCGGAGACGAAAAUCUCCUCGGGGUACCCAAGAGCAAAAACGGGUUUCGCCGGAGAUCAUGCAAGCUGCGAAAUUCAAAAAUGUGAGUCCUCAACAUCAUACGGCUGGAGGAUAGUCGUAUAUAGCCGCUGGUAGUUGCACCUAUUAAAGAAGACAGACGCGAAAGGCAGCCAAGCAAUAUGGGCCGGGUAAGUUGCUCUGCACUCUACUUACUGUUUGUAGUUCUCUAAGGUCUUCUUAGGGCCGCCACGUAACGUCUAUGGGAGACGGGAGCCGGCAUUCGAUUAGACACAGAGAUAGUCGGAAUAGCAUCGACACAUCACUAUAUCGGUCGGACACCGCAACAUUUACGGCGGACAACAGAAGUGGACAAAC